GAGGAAAAGUUUUAAUGAAUAGAGCUAAUGAGCUAUAUCUCCUGACAACUUCUCUUCCACAGAGUAGAAGAAGAAGAAGAAGAAGAUUGAAGAAGGACAAAGUAGAACCCUAACCCUAAAAUUAAUCACAAAAUUUUCCUCUAAUGGACACGACAUCGCUUCGGCUCAUCUCUCAUCAGUCCUUCUUCUCUGCCGCCCGGUCCGGCGAUCUCGAGUCGUUGAAGCUGGUUGUCAAAGAGUCGAGCGGAGAUGAAGGAGAGGAUCAAGCUUCUGUUUCUUUUUUAAUGGCGCUGCAGAACGACGCUGGAGAAACAGCUCUGUAUAUCGCUGCUGACAAUAAUUUUGAGGAGAUUUUUAAUUACUUGAUCAGGUUCUGUAAUCUCCAGACAGUGAUGAUAAGGUCCAAGAUGAAUAUAGAUGCUUUUCAUGUUGCUGCUAAGCGCGGACACUUGGGGAUUGUCAAAGAGCUUUUGAGCAUGUGGCCUGAGCUUUGUACAAAAUCAUGUGAUCCCUCAAACACUAGUCCUCUUUAUUCAGCUGCUGUUCAGCAACAUUUGGAUGUAGUGAAUGCUAUAUUAGAUGCAGAUGUGAGCUCAAUAAGGAUUGUGAGAAAAAAUGGGAAAACUGCACUUCACACUGCUGCACGAUAUGGUUAUUUGCAAAUAGUAAGAGCACUUAUAGAUAAAGACCCAGGAAUUGUUUCUAUCAAAGAUAAGAAGGGCCAGACUGCACUUCAUAUGGCUGUAAAAGGUCAGGAUCCUUCUGUAGUGGAGGAGAUAUUGCUUACUGAUCCUUCAAUACUAAAUGCACGUGACAAGAAGGGAAACACAGCUGUGCAUAUAGCUACAAGGAAAUGUCGUCCCCAGAUAGUAAUCCUUCUAUUAAGCUAUACCUCCAUAGAGGUCAAUGCUAUAAAUAAUCAGAAAGAAACUGCAAUGGAUUUGGCAGAAAAACUCCAGUAUGGAGAACCUUCAUUGGAAAUUAAGGAAGCCUUGGUAGAUGCUGGUGCAAAAUAUGCUAGGAAUGUAGGCCAAGUGGAUGAAACCAUGGAGCUGAAAAGAACUGUUAGUGAUAUAAAGCACGAGGUGCAGUCACAAUUUAUACAGACUGCAAAGACCAACAAAAGAGUGUCUGGAAUUGCCAAAGAGUUGCAGAAACUGCACAGAGAAGCAGUUCAAAAUACCACCAAUUCUGUGACUGUUGUUGCAGUUCUUUUUGCAUCUAUUGCUUUCAUGGGUAUAUUCAAUUUGCCCGGUCAAUAUUUUCAAGAUGGAGAAGAUGCUGGGAAAGCCCAUAUAGCUGAUCAUGUUGGAUUUCGUGUAUUUUGCCUCUUGAAUGCCACAUCUUUAUUCAUAUCUCUAGCAGUUGUUGUGGUUCAGAUCACUCUGGUUGCCUGGGAUACCAGAGCUCAAAAGCAGGUUGUUUCAGUAGUGAACAAGCUAAUGUGGGCGGCCUGUCUUAGCACUUGCGGAUCAUUUUUGUCAUUGGCAUUUAUAGUUGUGGGGAAUAAAAGCUCAUGGAUGGCUAUUACCAUAACAUUAUUGGGUAUACCAAUUCUUGUGGGCACUCUUGUUAGCAUGUGCUACUUUGUUUUCCGACAACAUUUCAGAAUAUUUAGUGAUGACUCCCAGAGACGGAUUAGGAGGGCUAGUGGCAGUAAGUCUUUCUCGUGGUCUCUGUACUCUGCUUAUUCAGAUCCUGAUGCUUAUAAUUCUGACCAUGAAAAGAUCUAUGCUUUAUAACUGUGUCAACUGUGUUAAGCAUGUGAAAGGCUGAUUUCAGGUGUUGUAAAUAUAUUAGUCUCUGAUGUUGGUCAGCAGCAGUGGCAUCCGCUGGUCAAGUUUGUUUUUGACCUUAAUCAUAGACCCAAUUUUGGGUUCCAAGUUCUGUAAGGGGAAAUUGAUUGGAUGCAAUCUUCUGUUUUGUAGUGGAGAUAAACGGGAACGUUAUGUAGAUUAUGUAUAUGCAAGUGAUUCAGAAAUAAAUGUUGUUCUGGUCUCCUAUGCAUUUUACCCUGCAAUUUUAUAUUUGAUUUCACGAAUGGAUUGCUUCCUGCAAUAAAUCAGUGAGUCAACCACCCUUACAGACUUGAAUGGUUGCUUUAUCUCUUGGGUAUCUUAAGGGAAGAUGGUAUAGAAGGAUGUCAAAAGUCAGAUAUUGCUGGUAGCAGAUUGAUUUUUAAUGAUCCACGUUACUUCCCUG